AUGAAUAAUUCCUUUUGUUAACGAAAUCUUUUACAAAAUUUUGUUUUGGAUAGUGGAGUAUACCGAAUAAAUGCUAAUCAACCAAUUUUGACAUCUAGAUAAUCAAGAAUACCAUCAUUUAAAAAAGCUCAGCCUGUUUCAACACCAUCUUCUCCGAGAGAGUAAAAAGCAAUGUGGAAAACAAAUAUUUGCUUUUAAAAUGAUUAAUCUUUAAUUUCUAAUAAAGAUAAAAGUCCAGAUUCAAAAAGUUAAAGGAAAAGUAUUAGUCCUUAACUAUAUUCAAUAACUCGAAAGCCUAUUUAAUUAUAAUUAGGUGCUGUUGAAAAAGUGUUGAUUCAGCAUCCUAAAUCAAAAGAAAGGAGAAUUAUUAGAAACUCUAUAUACUCUAGACCAACAUCAAGAUUAAUAGAAGAUACUCGAAUAGUAUAAUAGGCAUCAACAGAUAUUGAAAUUAAUAGAAACAGUUUUAAAUAUCAUUAUAUACUUGGAAAAGGGGGAUUUGGGAAAGUUUGGAAAGUUGAAUUAAUAAAAGCACGUAAAUUGUAUGCAAUGAAGGAAAUGAGUAAAGCAAAGUAAAAUAUAUAAUUAGAAUAGGGUAAUGGCUAAGAAAUCUGUAAAUUCUGUAAUGAAUGAACGUUUAUUAUUAUGUCAAUUAAAACAUCCUUUUAUAGCAAAUAUUCAUUAUGCUUUUUAGGAUAGAGAACAUUUAUAUUUAGUAAUGGAUUUAUUAACUGGAGGAGAUCUGAGAUAUCAUAUUGGUAAAAUGAGAAGAUUUAGUGAAUAACAUACAAGUAAUAUAGAUUUCAAUUAAAAAUAGAAUUUAUAAUUGGAAGUAUUCUUUUAGCUUUGGAAUACUUACAUUCUAAUGGGAUAAUUCAUAGAGAUAUAAAACCUGAGAAUAUUGUAUUAGAUAAGAAUGGAUACCCAAGACUUACUGAUUUUGGUAUUGCAAGAAUUAUAAAACCUGAAAAUUCAUAAGAAACAAGUGGCACUCCUGGUUAUAUGGGUAUUAUAUUUGAAAUAGUUUAAUAGCUCCAGAAGUUAUGUUUAAAUAAAAUCAUAAUAUAGGAGUUGAUCAUUUUGCAUUGGGUGUUAUGAUGUAUGAAUUUAUGAUGGGUAAGAGACCUUAUCUUGGAAAAACUAGAAAAGAUAUAAGAGAUGCUAUUAUAUCUAAAUAAAUACAUUUAAAAAAAAAUGAUUUACCUUUAGGUUGGUCAUUAGAAGCAGCUGAUCUUACAAAUUAAUUAUUGUCUAGAAAACCUUAAAUUAGAAUUGGAUCAAGAGGAACUGACUAAAUCUGUUCUCAUUAAUGGUUUGAAGGAUUUCCAUGGAAGAAUUUAUAUGAUAAAUAAUUGCCUUCUCCUUUUAAAAUUAUUAAGUCUUGUGAGUAAAGUUAUGUUAGAGAAAUUUCAUCAGAACAUGAUUCAUUAGAUUAAGAAAUUUAAGAGAAUUCUGUCUUAUUAAGAUAAGAAACUAUUCAAAAUCUCUUUAUUAAUUAUUCAUUUAUAAAAGAACAAUAAAUUACACUUAAGAGAUUCUGA